CACUUAGCGUCACUUGACCUCGCAGGCGGCCAAAUUCCGACGACUACUUUUCCCUCCGUCCGAUAUAAUUCCCUCAAUCACCAUCACAUUCAUAACAACUUGACCAGAGCCACAUCAUCACACCUUGACCGGAACCACUUGCUACCUGACACUGCCCAACAACACUUCACCGCCAGGACCCAUUGCAGCCCUAUUGUGGAAGCCAUCAGUACCUAAACCCAAGGUACCAGCAUCAGCAGACACUUCAGCAAACGCCGUCCUUCUCUGGAUUUUCUCGAAUACCCUUGCCACCGUCAAACAGCAUUAUCCAAUAUCAGUCGCCAAACCUUCUUCAGUCCGACUCCCAAUUCCUGUAUCACUACUCAGUACAUCGGACAAUCACGGCAACCACCACAUCUGUGUCCCAAUGCUUCAAGUCUGCAACCCGACGCCCCACACCUUUCCAGAAGUGCAUCCAGAGCACUUGAUCUUCCGACUACGAGAAGUACCGUCUGCGAGAACCAUGGAGCCACCUUCGGCACCAAACCCAGCCGGCGAUGCUGGUGUCCUGCCCGAAUUCGGGUGUAUGAGCUUGCAAGAUGCGCCAUCACCACCUGCGAACGAGGAGGAGUUGGAUGUGUGCACCAUGACCCGAGAAUCUGCCAUGAAGCUGAUUGCACGAGCCAUCAUUGCAAUGGCGAACGCGGCCGGCGACGUACCUGCGACGCCACCUCUGACACGGACCAUUUCUAAGGACAACCUCAAUGCGCUCAGGGGCCAUCGUCGCGUAUCCUCCAGGCCAGCAACACCCAUCCCAUCUGACAAGGAGAACCAUCAUCGAACGCCGCUUUCGCCAGCAGAAGCAGAUCAUGACGAGCCUACGAUUGCACAUGACAUUGGCGCUGGUGCGCUACCAGAGCCCUUGCAGCGGGCAAACAUGGCGAGAAAGUUCUUUUCCAAGACCGUCCCAAAAGUGGGCGUCGAAGAGUACAUGAACCGCAUCCAGAAGUACUGCCCACUCUCAACAGCUGUCUGGCUUGCCGCUGGUUCCUACAUUCUCCGCCUGUGCGUGAUUGAUAAGGUGGUGCCUCUGACUUUCCGCACGAUGCACCGCCUGAUCCUUGCAUGCGCACUGGUCGCAAUGAAAGCGCUCGAGGAUCACCGUUGGCCACAGAAGCGAUUCGCCGCAGUCGGCGGUGUGGACGAAGGCGCCCUUUGCCGAUUGGAGCUCUGUGUGGAGUUCCUUCUAUCGUUUAACGUCCAGAUCUUCUCGCCUGAGAAGUUGAAGGAUCUUACCAUCUCGCUUCAGAAGGCGGGCCAGGCGGCCACCAUCUCCAGCAGGCUGCCCGCCUCAUUCAACCUGAAGCUAGGUACCCCUAGGAUGCGACGAGAAGUUGCUGCAUAAUUAUAGCGAAAUGUUUUCUUAG